AAAGGCCCUUGCCAAGUGCCACCCUCAUCCUAAAGGUCCAGGAGUUGAGUGACUGUGAACAGGGAUAAGAUCCGCUUCACAGUAGACCAAUUGGUUUGAGCAGUUUGGACCGGCAGCUGUUAGAGACAUGGGCAACUCAAAUGGAUGCACCGUGGACGACCUGCAGGCCGUGGAGAUGCACCUGUGGUACAAGAAGUUCAUGACGGAGUGUCCGUCCGGCCAGCUCACUCUGCACGAGUUUAAGCAGUUCUUCGGGCUGAAAGGGCUGGACCCUGAGGCCAACGCCUACAUAGAGCAGAUGUUCCGGACGUUUGACAUGAACAAGGAUGGCUACAUAGAUUUCAUGGAGUAUGUGGCGGCUCUGAGUCUGGUGAUGCGGGGAAAGAUGGAGCACAAGCUUCGCUGGUACUUCAAACUAUACGACGUCGACGGAAACGGCUGCAUCGACCGCUACGAACUCCUGAACAUCAUCAGGGCAAUCCGGGCGAUCAAUGGAAACGACAAUCAGGAAACAACCGCAGAGGAAUUCACCAACAAAGUCUUUGAUAGGAUUGACAUCAACGGAGAUGGUGAGCUGUCUUUGGAGGAGUUCGUGGAAGGCGCUCGCAGUGACGAAGACUUCAUGGAGGUGAUGAUGAAGAGUUUGGACCUUCGUCACAUCAUGGCGAUGAUCCACAGCAGGAGGCACAGCGUUUAGCCGCCUCGCCCUCAUUCACAACGCCGCCUCUUUGGAAAAAAAAACUCUUUUAUAUGUAAAAGUGAGAUUUUGUGUUUGGUUUGCUCCACCGUAACUUGAGGCCGAACCUCGGAAAACAGACAUUUUAUGAGUUUAAUCUCCAAAUGAGCGACAUUUAUGCACUUUAAAAACGGGCUGAUUCACUCCGGUUGUUAAGGACGAUCUGCAGGAAAGUCGAUCCUGAGCUGAGCUCCACAGAUCUGUUUUUAUUUUCUGUACUGAUGUCCCUCAUAAGGUUGAAUUAGUCGGGUCUUUACAGGUGGAAACUACGACUGUUUAACGUGAAUUUGAUUAGCUGGAAAACAGGAACCUUAAAAGAUUUAGUGGAGAAUAGACAUUUUCUAUUUUUUCUGUGUUUAAAAGCCAAAUUUAGUAGCAGGUUUUGUUGUUUUGAAGUGUCUUUGGGUGUUUUAUUGACUGACGUGUUUGGCUUAAUAAUAUAAAAAAUCCCGGUUCUGUUGUCAGCUGUACUCAUCUGGUGCCUUCACUGCACAGUGUGUUUAAUUUCAGCUUUUCUCUAUUUAUACACUAAACAAAUCCCAAUAAAAACCUGAUAAAAAGUAGAUUUCUGUCUUAACUAAAUGAGAUGUGUCCAAUUAUGAAUGCAGUUUUAAUUUUUAUUGUUUAAAGCAAGAAAAUGACUAAAUUUUUUAGUUAUUUUGAUGUAUCAGAUGAAAUGUUUCAGCAUUUUUCUGUCAUAUUAACAAAUAUCUGACCAAAAAGCAUUGGAGACAUUUACCUGAAGGAAAAGUGUCUGUAAAUAAAUACACUGCACUUU